CCUUUACCCAUGCUGUAGCACACUGAACGCUCGGAUGCGAGAGCCUUUCAGACAGCUGUGCAAGUCAUAGGCUACACGCUCGGAUUCACCUAGUAGUUAUUUUGUACACAGUGUAUCUUUUUUUUUUUUUUGCUAGAGCGAGUCUCUUACAAAAUAAGGCGAAGGUAGCCUACAGUAGCCGCGUCUUGGCUGCGCGCCCAUUUUUUUUCUUUUCGAACACGAAAGAAAAUUGACUUCUCCUCUCCUCUCUCCUCCUCCACCACCACCACCACCCCACAAGUCCUUGCCUUUGCUUUUGUAAUUUGCUCUCGCGUUGUUGUUUGUGUCUGCCUGACUGUCUGAAGCCAAGGCGACUGACCGACCCUCUGACCGGUCCAGGGACUUGCCUUCGUCCUUGAGACCAGCGGCGGCUCAGCACAGCACACAGCGGAGAUAAAGCAUCAUCCGACCCUCCUUACCCCCUGCCAGGGCUGCACACUGGCCGCCCUCCUUUCACAUACGCCGAAAGAGAGAGAGAGAGAGAAAUCGAGCUGAGAGAAUCGCCCGGAUCUGCAGCACUCCAUUUUCCCAGAAGUCCAGCGGAGGUCAAGCCAAGGUCAAAUAGAGGUGAACCAGGGGUCACAAGGUCAUACACGUGUGAACCAGAGAUCAGAGAUCAAACAUACCUUACCCAGAGGUCAACGCGGUCAACACAAGGUUGAAUAGAGGUGAACCAGGGAUCAGGCUUCGUGGUCGCUCAAAGACGAGGUCUGUGGUCAGCGGCAGAGGAGGAGGAUACAUUUCAGGAAAGCUGUCUGAGAGGGAUGAAGACAGCGGACUCAGAAGACAGCAUGCUCACUGAACCUGAGCUGCCAGCGGAGCUGAACAGGAUGUCUUCCAAGCGCGCAGCCUCUCCAUAUGGGGCAACAGAUGGGGACGUAUCCAUGACGACCACUCGACAGCGCAUCAUGGAGGACAGCAGCGAGAGUGACGGCCAUCCCAUAAUCCAACUCCCCUCCAACUCCUACGGCAACAGCAGCGACAACGAACCCAACAGCCCCUCCAUGGACCAGGAGAGCAGCAAGGGGCUUGCCCUGAGCCCGUACCCAGCCCUGAGCACCUCCUCCCCGGGUAAGCCCGGCUGCGAGGAGGGGGGUCGCCUGGGCGUCGAGUCCGGAGGCGGCGGAGGAGGAGGUGGAGGAGGAGGAGGAGGGGGAGGAGGCAGCGUAACCGUGGGAACCCCGGAGCGUCGCAAGGGGAGCCUGGCCGACGUGGUGGACACGCUCAAGCAGCGCAAGAUGGAGGAACUCAUCAAGAACGAACCUGACGAGUCCCCCACUAUUGAGCGCCUGCUGUCCAAGGACUGGAAGGACAAGCUGCUGGCUAUGGGCUCUGGCAACUUCGCAGAGAUCAAAGGCACGGCGGACAGCCUGGCUGAGAAGGAGCGUCAGCUGAUGGGGAUGAUCACGCAGCUGAGCAGCCUGAGAGAACAGCUCCUGGCGGCCCACGAGGAGCAGAAGAAGCUAGCCGCUAGCCAGAUAGAGAAACAGAGACAGCAGAUGGAACUGGCCAAACAGCAACAAGACCAGAUUGCCCGGCAACAGCAGCAACUUCUUCAACAGCAGCACAAAAUCAACCUCCUGCAGCAACAGAUACAGCAGGUUCAGGGCCAGUUGCCCCCCCUGAUGAUUCCCGUGUUCCCGCCGGAUCAGAGGACUCUGGCGGCCGCGGCUGCCCAGCAGGGCUUCCUGUUACCACCAGGAUUUAACUACAAGCCCAACUGCAAUGACCCGUACCCUCUGCAGCUGAUCCCCACCACCAUGGCAGCAGCAGCAGCAGCAGCAGCCACACCUGGACUGGGGCCUCUACAGCUACAGCAGCUGUAUGCCGCUCAGCUGGCGGCCAUGCAGGUGUCCCCCGGGGCCACCAAGCAGCACGGUGGCAGCAGCGGAGGAGGAGGAGGACUGUCCCAGAGCAACGCUGGCGGCACACACACACACUCACACACACACUCCUCACACUCACACUCCCCCACCAGCAGCCUGGACAGGGGACACGGCUCCCCACCACCACCCAAGCACAAGGAAGAGGGCGCUGGUCAGCCCUUGAACCUGUCGGCCAGAACUAAGCCGCGAGCCCAGAGCCAAGCCCAGUCCCCCAACCACACCAACACCCACACCUCCCCCGCUGCUUCCCCACAGGUCGCCCCGCCCACCUCCUCGUCCGGCUCCGCCUCCUCCCCGCUCAAGAUGGCCGCCGCAGCCGGACUGCUCAAGCACAACAGUGGUGGCGCCACCCACAGCGCGGGAGGACAAACUGCACACAGACUCAACUCUAUAGACCUCCUGUCCUCCCUGAGUGCGGGCGCGUAUCUUAAUGACCAUGAGGCGGUGACCAAGGCCUUCCAGGAGGCGCGUCAGAUGAAGGAGCAGCUAAAGAGGGAACAGCAGGUGCUGGAUGCCAAGGUGGCCGCUGUCAACAGCCUGGCGGGACUCAACAACGGACGCGCAGAGAAGGAGAAGGCUGCCCUAGAGAGCCUGAGCCACCAGUUGAAACAGCAUCAGUCGGACGAGAGCAAGUUCACCCACGCCAUGAUGGACUUCGGCAUGAGUGGAGACUCUGACGGUAGCCCCAGUGUGUCUGACUCGCGUAUCUUCCGUGAGGCGCGUGGUCGCGACCGUAACGAGCCCCACAUCAAGAGGCCUAUGAACGCCUUCAUGGUCUGGGCCAAAGACGAGAGACGCAAGAUCCUCCAAGCCUUCCCAGACAUGCACAACUCCAACAUCAGCAAAAUACUCGGUUCCCGUUGGAAGGCGAUGUCUAACCUGGAGAAGCAGCCGUACUACGAGGAGCAGGCUCGUCUGAGCAAGCAGCACCUGGAGAAGUACCCGGACUACAAGUACAAGCCCCGCCCCAAGCGCACCUGCCUGGUGGACGGCAAGAAGCUGCGCAUCGGAGAGUACAAGGCAAUUAUGCGCAACCGCAGACAGGAGAUGAGGCAGUACUUUACCGUCGGUCAACAGGCUCAGCUGCCGCUGGCCUCAGCGGGCGUGGUCUACCCAGGGCCCCUCUCCAUGGCGGGCAUGCCGUCUCCACGGAUACCAUCCGAACAUUCCAGCAUGUCCAGCAGCCCCGAGCCCCUAGCCCCACCCACUGGCCUCAGAAGCCCCUCCUCCAAAGGGGAGGAGCCUCGUAUCAAGCAGGAAGAGAUGAGGAUGGACGACAGUAACGGCGACGCGUACGACGACUUUGAUUACGACGAUGACGACGGAGACUAUGUGAGCGACGGAGAGAACCACAUCGCCGCCCAGUGAAGUGGCCAAUGAAGGGCCCCCGUUGCAGUGAAAUUAGCCAAUCACAACCCACAAUCCUACAUCAAUCAACCCCCCCACCAACCAACAACCUCUGUGUCGUACUCUGCCCACCCACCCCACAUCCUCUUUGCCCUAAACAAUCCAGAUACCUUCAAACUCUCACUCAAAACCUAUUUCCACAACUGUGCAGGACUCUAGGCCAAUCAGAGCCUGCCAUGUCACUUGUAAACGUCUAAAUCCCGCCCUUCUUCACACAAGUCCCACCCACCCCUUUACAUCCUCCAACCAGCAAGCCAAGCACAGGAUAGAAGCUGUCAAUCAUGUUGACUGACUGUUACACAAACGCUGGUCUCGAAGGGCAGUCAUCUUUGACUGGUGGCAAUUGUGAUGUCAUGGGCUCAUUGUGACGUCACAAGCCCUUUUUGAUGUCACAGGCCUAUUGUGAUGUGAUUGGUCGUGCUGAUGAUGGCAGUUUGCCUAGAGCCAAUGGGGAGUGCGUGAAGGUGAUAGACCCGCCCUCGUUUUGCCAGGCCAUGUUUGUUGUUGAAAAGAGGAACAUUUUAGAAUCAACAGGAGCUGAUAAAUAUGAAGGAAAAAAAAAAACUUUUUAAAACGAAGGAAAAAAAAAUCAGGUGGGCGUGUUUGUUUAUAUCAAGAGACACUUUUGAACAGGAUUUUUUUUGUUGUUUUGUUUUUGUUUUGUUCGCUGUUGUUAAAUUUGUUUACUAUUAGUUUGUUGUUUUCUGGGUUCUUUAAUAUUCUCACUCAGGUACACGGUGCCAAUAUAUGGCGUGUGAAUGUGACUUGUCGUUUUCGUGCUCUUGUUUCACUAGACGAUCCCUCCUUUCUCUCAAUGUAAAGCACCCGACACGGACGGAGAACGAAAAGAGAGAAAGAAAGAAAGAAAGAAAGAAAGAAAGAAAGAAAGAAAGAAAGAAAGAAAGAAAGAAAGAAAGAAAGAAAGAAAGAAAGAAGUAAAGAAAGGACACUCACUCUUUUUUCUUCUCCUUCUGAACCCAUACGCAGCUAUUCUCUCACUCGAACCUUCAACUCUUCUUCUCCCCCCAAAUCCUCCCCUCCCUCUCUUCACUCCUUUUUUCCCCCAUCACUCGUUCAACCGUGUUUUGCACCCUUUUGAACCUGGACUUUUUUACACACACACACACGGACCUAGAUGACGGACAGAUGGUCCGUUGCCAUGACUACGUUUUGGACAUGUGACAAUGUUGUGACACGUCAAGACACGAUGUGGACUUCACACAUGGACAAUGUGGACUCUGUACAGGCGGAUACGUCUCACGGAGCUGUUUUUGAGACGUCUCACUGAGCUGUGUUUGAGACGCGUCUGAGAGAAAAAAGACAUCACACUGAGCUGUAUUUGACAAUGGACAUGUGAGACUCCUGAACGCUCAGUUUGAGUCUAUUUUGAGCUUGUUGUUGUUUAAUCAUUUUUGAGCCCUUACUUGUCACUAAAAAGACAAGGAUGUGACACGAGAAUACUUUACUUCACUUCAAUUCACUUCACCUCACAAUGACAGGAGUGAGUUCCGAUUCAGCAUUCUAUGAUGGAGUCGUGUGAGAUGCUUUGGAGGGUGUGUGAGAGCAGUUAAAACACACACUUACACAGACAUACACACUUACACACACUUACACACACACACACACACACACACACACACACACACACACACACACACACACACACACACACACACACACACACAUGCACGUAGGCACACGCGCACGCGCACGCACAUACACACACAAACACACACACACAUCCAUAUUCACACACUCUCUUAAACUCUUAUUUCUCUCUUUCUCUCCCCUUUGUCUCUCUCUGAAAAGUAAAUUAACUAAUUAUCACUCAUGAAGUGAUUGUAUAUGUGUGGACAUCCAGCUCUCCCUGGUCUGGUCAUGAUUCCCUCUCCCACUAGAAGCCACAGCUUGCUGGAGGAACGCCAGGCAGCCCAGGGUCUAGUCUCACAGCCGUAGCUACUGAUAUCUGGAGGAGUGCCAGUCUUGUCUUGCCUAUCCACCACCACCACUCUCUAGCGUACCUUAGGCUCCCUCCCUCCCCCUGCUCUGUCUCAGUCUCUGUCUCUCUCCAUACAGUAGCAUGAGUGAUGUUAGCUGGAGAGGGGCCAGGCUUGUCUUGUCUAAGGGCCAGGCUCUUGUCUAAGGGCCCUCUCUCUAUCUCUCCCUCCCUUCCUCUGCAUCACCAUUGCUCUAUCUCUCCCUCUCCAUCCCUCUCUCUAUCUCUCCCUCUCCAUCCCUCUCUCUAUCUCUCCCUCCCCUCCUCUCUAUCCAUCUCUCUAUCUCUCUCUCCCUCUCCAUCCCUCUCUAUCUCUCCCUCCCUUCCUCUGUAUCACCAUUGCUCUAUCUCUCCCUCCCUCCCCUCCUUUCCAUCCCUCUCUCCAUCCAUAUCUCCCUCCCCAUCUCUCUAUCCCCCCCACCGGCUGCACAGUAUAUUAGCCUACAUGGGCCUGGUAUAGCCAUCAGCAGCAUUUACAUCCAGACCCAGCCAGGACCCCAUCAGCCGCAAUAGCCUACACCAGUGUUUCCCAACCAGGGGUACGUGUACCACUAGGGGUACGCGAGCACAUUGCAGGGGGUACUUGGAAAAAUGGAAUUUUAACAAAUGCAUGGAGCAAAGUCACACUGGAAUAGAAAAGGCGAUGUAAAACAUUAGUUAGGGGGUACUCAUGGCACAACGAAAAGGCUUUGGGGGUACAUGAGACAAAAAAGGUUGGGAAACACUGGCCUACACUGCGUACAGCACAUCCAGCCAGGGACAACAAUCUGACGAGCAAUGGCAGUCACUCGCAAGCG